AUGUCAGCAUCACACGAUUCGUUGACCAUACUUAAACUUAAACCACUUAAUCAGCAUGCCCAACUUAAUUGCUGCGUCGGACUGUUAUAGAAUAUUUCUAAUAGAUAAAUCCAGUUGUAAAGUUCAUAGUAUUAGCGACAAAAAGUGUGAUAACCGUUUUUAAAAAUAAACGUGUAACAUAAUCGUGCAAUUGACACGAUAAAGUUAGCUGUGACCCAAUAGAUUUCUGGCGAAAUAUUGGGCACUCGAAUGUGGCAAAAUAAUGUUGCGAAUAAAUAACCACAGUCGCUUGAAAUCGACAGGAAUGGAGUUACGCAGUUCGAACAGCUGAAUACACGAAGGAAACGGAUUGGAAAAAUGUCGUUGUGCCGAACGAUUUUCACAUGUUUGUCAAGGUUCAGUUUGGAGAGGAGUAAACAUAACCUAUUAUGCAACGUAUUGCCAGUGAGUCACAGAUACGAUUGUGUACAUUUUUUAGGACGAUUCCGCCAAAGCCACAACAUGCCCAUCAAAUUUACCAAAGGUGACUUCAAAUUUUUAGACUAUGACUGUAUUGGUUUUGAUUUGGAUAACACCCUGGCCAGAUACAAAGUGGGUGCCAUGAUUGAGAUGGAAUAUGAUAUUAUUGCUAACUAUCUGAUAAAUCAUAAGGGUUACUCAAAAAAGUACUUAUCAAAGUCACUGGAUCACAAUUUCAUAAUGAAAGGUCUGAUAAUUGAUAAUGAUAAUGGAAACUUAUUGAGGCUUGCCCCCGAUGGCACCAUCAUUCAAGCCACACAUGGUACCAGAUUUUUAACAGAGGAGGAGGUGCUUAGGUACUACCCAGAUAAGCACUGGAAUGCCACUGAUUUGUUUGUGAAUGAUCCUUUACAGACAUGGAAUGGUCCUUAUGCCACUAAGAUGCGGGCCUUAUUAGACUACUUUGACAUUAUAGCCAGCAUGGUGUUUGCGAGGGCUGUGGACACAAUUGAUGAAGAACAAGGAGUACAACAAAAAUACACAAUCUAUGAAGACGUAGUGGAUGCUUUGCAAGAAAUGUUUGCCAGGGAGCAUUUUCAAUUAAACAAGGGAGCAUACUUUCCAUUAAUGAAAACCCAACCCGACAAGUAUUAUUACAAGUGCAGCCAGAAUUUACUCAACUGGUUGUCGGAAUUGAAGCAAAGGGGGAAGGUUUUAUUCCUGAUAACCGGCUCCCACAUCGAUUUCGCCAGCCACACUGCCUACAACACUUUAGGUGAGAAUUGGAAAGACUACUUCGAUAUUAUCGUGUGCUUCGCCAAAAAGCCAGGCUUCUUCACCCUCAACCGCGACUUCAUCAACGUAAAAGACAACCGGGAGGUCCAUCCUGCGCCGUUCCACGAAUUAAAAAGGGGUCACAUCUAUACCCACGGCAACUGGAAGGACUUGCACAAGUUUCUGACCAUCCAUUCCGACAAACCCGACCCGAAAUUCCUCUACGUCGGCGACAACCUGAUUCAGGACGUGUACACCCCCAGCGUGCACUCGCACUGCGACACCGUGGCCGUUUGCGAAGAACUGGAGGCCGAAGGAGUGCACGGACAUGAUCCUUGGCAUCCGGACAGUCAGUUUUUGGUGUCGACAGUUUGGGGAUCGUAUUUUCACUGCCACAAAACGAAUUGCGUUACAAAUUGGUACCAAAUAAUGAAGAAGCACUCUAAAUUGUGCGUGCCCAGCUUAGAAUUCGUCGCUACUUAUCCGGUAGAUUAUGUAUUUAAAACGGAAAUUUGAAUAAUGUAGUAGUUACCUGUUGUUACCUGUUAUGUAAUAGUAUUUAUAUGUUUUAUUUUAUGCUAUUUAUUUUCAGUUUAUUGACUAAAGUAGGAAAUUUUAUAUAAUCAAUGUUAAUAUUUAAUACUCAAAAUUAUUUUAUUUAUUUUUGUUACGAAUACCUUGCACAACAUAUUUUUAUAUUUGUUUACUUCAAAUAAAUAUUAAUUUUAUUAUUGUUAUAACAUA